UUCUCUUUGGGAAAUAAUCAAAAUGGCACGAGGUCUAAAAAACCCUAAAAAGGCCGACAGAAAAGCCAAGAAGAGGGCCAACGGUGAAUCUUCAACAGUACCAUCUAUGCCUGCAAAAAUAUGGCAACCUGGUGUAGAUCCAUUAGAAGAAGGAGAAGAAUUACAGUGUGAUCCUUCUGCAUAUGAUCGUCUUCAUGCUUUUCAUGUUGGAUGGCCAUGUCUAAGCUUUGAUAUCUUAGGGGAUACACUAGGUAUGGUCAGAACCGAGUUUCCACAUACAGUAUAUUGCGUCUCAGGGACUCAGGCAGAAAAAGCUUCUUGGAAUUCUAUAGGGAUAUUCAAGUUAUCAAAUAUAUCCGGAAAAAGACGCGACUUAGUGCUGGGUAAAGCUGGUGGUGAUGGGUCUGAUAUGGAGGACAGUGACAGUAAUAGUAGUGAUGAAGAAGAAGAGAGUGAAGAAAAUGGUACACCUUAUCCUCCGGCUUUGCAGAUACAUAAGAUAGCACACCAAGGAAGUGUAAAUCUCAUACGGGCAAUGAGACAGAGCCCUCAUAUAUGUGCGUCAUGGGGCGAUACUGGCCAUGUACAGAUCUGGGAUUUCAGCAAUCAUCUUAAUUGUUUAGCUGAAUCAGAAACUGGUGUCAGCACAGGAGCAUCAAACGUAGUUUCUCAGGCCCCAUUAAUGAAGUUUGGUGGCCAUAAAACUGAAGGAUUUGCAAUAGAUUGGAGUCCUCUUGUGCCUGGAAGACUAGUAUCUGGGGAUUGCGAUGGUCGUAUCCACUUAUGGGAGCCUUCAUCUGAUGCAACGUGGAAUGUGGGAAAACCUCCAUUUGAUGGGCAUGACUUAAGUGUGGAAGAUCUCCAAUGGAGUCCUAUAUAUAGUGAUAUUUUUUCCUCUUGUUCUGUUGAUGGAACUGUUGCUGUGUGGGAUAUUCGGAUUGGGAAAAAACCAGCUGUAUCUAUAAAUGCACAUAAAGCUGAUGUGAAUGUUAUCUCAUGGAAUGGGUAUUCUUUCAUGAUGAUUUCGACAGGCACAUUUUCUAUUCACAAUCUUCGUAUGCUCAAGCCAGGAGAUUCGAGUGAUACGGUAGUUGCACACUUUGAAUAUCAUAAACGCCCCAUCACCUCACUUGAAUGGAGUCCAUAUCAGUCUUCCAUGCUGGCGGUUACUUCCGAAGACAAUCAGCUAACAAUAUGGGAUUUCUCCCUAGAGAGAGAUGAGGAAGAAGAAGCUGAGUUCAGAGCAAGGAUGCCAGAGCAAGUGAACUCCCCAGAAGAUUUGCCACCCCAGCUUCUUUUUGUUCAUCAGGGUCAAAAAGAUAUGAAGGAACUACAUUGGCAUGCGCAGAUCCCGGGGAUGAUAAUGACUACAGCUUCAGAUGGUUUUGACAUCUUAAAGCCAUCUAAUAUUGAUACUACUAUCCCAUAAGCAACUAAUGCUUACAGUUAUAUGUAGGAGCUGAAGCUGAACGGCGAGGAAGAUCAUCAUAGGGAACCAACUUAAUAUUUCUUGUGUUCCAUUUUUGUGCUGCCCAAUAGGUGUUGUUGCUCAAGUUUUAUCAAAAAUGUCUGAAAUUAAGAAGUGUGAGACUUGGUUACGAACUUCUCUUCUCUUGUGUGCACUUUCAUCACUCUUGAGUCUACUGUGUGAAGAACUUGACUAAUGUGCUGGUGUUUUUUGGAUAAUUGUUUUUGGUUUUAAGUUCAGUACAUUUCAAUUUUUAUGGAUGUGCCCAAUUUGAAAAUUCAUCUUUCAUCU